AACUUGGGGAUGUUUUGUUUUUGACUGGAAUCUCCUGACGAUCAGGGUUGUUGCAUUUGAUUCAAAUAUGCCCCCAUUCCCUCAUUUCUUCCCGGAAUGCUGAGUCGAUUGUCUACGCCCUGAGACUGUGCCUGACAUUCCAGUCCCCAUUCCUGGAGUUACCUAUCUCAUUCUGCGGAACCUUAAGUGUUUUGACAUUGCCUUUCCUGUGGGGAAUAACAAAAGAAGUACUGCUAUAAAGGACUAUGUUUGCCUGUUGAUUGUCUUGCAGUCAAAUUUCACAAUGUAUCAGUUCUUCAUAAGUUUAUUGGUUACGGUGCUGGCCGCUUCGGCCAGCGCUACCUCUAGUUUCUCGCCUGCCCGGCCGCCUGCGAUACCGCUGGCAGUCAAGUCGCCGUACUUGAGCACUUGGCUGUCUGCAGGGAGUGAUGGAGGUAAUGGUGGGUAUCUUGCGGGUGAAUGGCCGAUUUUCUGGUCUGGCCAGAUCACUGGCUGGGCUGGUAUGAUUCGUGUUGAUGGCAGUGCUUACACCUGGAUGGGAAUCCCUGGACCGGAAACUGUGACACAAACCUCCUAUGAGUACACAUCUACGAAGAGUAUUUUCACCAUGAACGUUGCCGACAAAGUGGAGAUGAACAUUACAUUCCUUUCGCCGAUUACACCAAACGAUUACAAACGGCAGUCGCUCGUGUUCUCCUAUGUCGAUGUGCAGGUUGAGUCUCUCGAUGGCACGGCCCACGAUGUGCAGCUGUACGCAGAUAUUUCGGCGGAAUGGGUGUCGGGAGACCGAACCACGACCGCAACAUGGGAUUAUGGUACCACCGAUAAUGGUGUCGCCUAUCACAAAGUCAGCCGCCAAACCCAGCUUGCUUUCUCUGAGAUCAGCAACCAGGGAGAAUGGGGAGACUGGUACUGGGCCACAGACAACAGUGAAAGCCUGACCUACCAGUCUGGUGGAGCUGUUGAUGUACGUGCAGCAUUUGCUGCGAACGGAACGCUAGGCGACUCGCAGGACUCUGACUACCGUGCCAUUUCUACCGACUGGCCUAUUUUUGCAUUUGCUCAUGACCUUGGAUCUGUGGACUCCGCAGCUUCAGUUCUAUACUCUAUCGGUCUUGCCCAGACCGACGCAAUUCAGUACGAAGGAAGUAGCAGUGGUUCCACUAUUCUACCUUCGCUGUGGACCAGUUAUUUCAGCACGGGCCCAGAAGCUCUGGACUUCUUCCAUAAUGACUAUGCGACAUCCUCUUCGCUCUCGUCGGAUCUUGAUACCCAGGUAGCCCAGGAUUCCAUUGCCGCAGCUGGGCAGGACUACCUGACGAUCACUUCUCUCACGGUCCGUCAAGCUUUCGGUGCAACCCAACUGUGCGGAACCACGGACAACACCUACUUGUUCAUGAAGGAAAUCUCGUCGGAUGGAAACGUGAACACGGUCGACGUCAUUUUCCCGGCACACCCCAUCUUCUUAUACACGAACCCUGAGCUUCUCAAUCUCUUGUUGAAGCCACUUUUCGAGAUUCAGGAGUCUGGCAACUACCCCAACGCAUACGCCAUGCAUGAUGUAGGGAGCCACUAUCCCAACGCUACUGGUCAUCCAAAGGGCGAUGAUGAGGCAAUGCCACUAGAAGAAUGUGGCAACAUGGUCAUCAUGGCCUUGGCAUAUGCGCAGAAGGCGAGCGACACCGAUUACCUGUCUCAGCAUUAUACCUUGCUCAACCAGUGGACUGCGUACCUUGUGGAGGAUGCAAUUUACCCUGCCAACCAAAUCUCGACGGAUGACUUUGCAGGCAGCUUAGCAAACCAGACCAACUUGGCCUUGAAGGGCAUCAUCGGUAUCGAAGCCAUGGCUGUCAUUAGCAAUGAGACUGAUCACACUGAUAAUGGGGCCAACUACACUGCCAUUGCUCACAACUACAUCGACAGAUGGCAGAUCCUGGGCGUCGCGCACGAUGCCAAUCCUCCUCAUGCUACACUUGCUUAUGGCUCCAACAACACCCACGGUCUCCUAUACAACCUCUAUGCCGAUCGGGAGCUGGGCCUGAACUUGGUUUCACAAUCUAUCUACGACAUGCAGAGCACCUUCUACCCCACUGUCCAACUAGAGUACGGAGUACCGCUCGACACUAGACACAAUUACACAAAGGCCGACUGGGAAAUGUUCACUGCGGCCAUCGCAUCAACCAGCACGCGGGACAUGUUCACGCAGCUUCUCUCGAAAUGGAUUAACGACACGCCCACAAACUACGCAAUGACUGAUCUCUACGAUGCAGUUGGCGGAGGAUACCCAUCCAACGUCUUCAUCGACCGCCCCGUCGUGGGCGGUGCCUUUGCCCUGCUUCUACUCAACCAAGGCAAUUAAACCACUUCUCUCGUUUCAUUCCGACACAUCCUUGCAACUGUGCAUGAUAUCCCCCUGCUUGGUUCAGUGGAGCCGUUCCAUUCUUAUUCUUCAGCAUUCGAUGUGCAGGUCA